AUGGCGGCAUUACAAUUUAUCACUCUUUUCAUUUGUCUAUAUGUACAAGGUAUCUAUUCUCAGGAAAUCGUCAAUGGACAAAUUUAUACCCCCGGAAUCGCGAUAGUCGAUGCGCCGCAGCCUAAUACACCACUUGGAGGUGAUUUCCUACAGGUUGCAAUGGAUGUUUCCUCAGAUGGACAGCUUCAACUUCCGCCUUAUCCAAAGAAUGCCGUCUCUGAGAUUUAUAAUAUCACCAUGUUUCUCUCCAGCUAUGUUACGGGCAAAAACUUUACAAUCUCGAAUGGUACGGCGACAGCAGGAAAUGCAAGUUUAGGAGAGAUCAUGGCUCAAGAGCCAAGUAGCACAGUUAAACAUGUGAAUUGGGUUUGGCCUGAUUGUCUUGUUGGUGACGGAACCUCGGAUAAGAAUACUUCAAGGGGAGCAUAUAAUGUGCGUGUCCAGAAUAUCUAUUUCAACAUUCAAUAUUGA